GGCGCCGACGUGCGCGCUCCCGGCUGCCGGGGCUGCUGCUAGUCGCGGGCGGGGCGGGGCUCCUGGCCCCGGAGACUUGCGGCGCUCGAGUUGGGGAUAAAGCGGCCUCCGGCUCGCCAGGCUGCUCGCGCGGCGGAGACCCAGCCUGCGAGGAACGGUGAGCAGAAUGAGCACCUCACAGGACCAGAGCGGCUGCUCCAGUACUAGAGAACCCCUUUUGAGGUGUUGUGAUGCACGGAGGGACUUGGAGCUUGCUAUUGGUGGAGUUCUCCGGGCUGAACAGCAAAUUAAAGAUAACUUGCAAGAGGUUAAAGCCCAGAUUCACAGCUGCAUAAGCCGUCACCUGGAAUGCCUUCGAAGCCGUGAGGUGUGGCUGUAUGAACAGGUAGAUCUCAUCUAUCAGCUUAAAGAGGAGACACUUCAGCAGCAGACCCAACAGCUCUACUGGUUACUGGGCCAGUUCAAUUGUCUUAUUCAUCAGCUGGAGUGCACCCAAAACAAAGAUCUAGCCAAUCAAGUCUCUGUGUGCCUGGAGAGACUGGGCAAUUUGACCCUCAAACCCGAAGAUUCGACUGUCCUAUUGUUUGAAGCAGACACAACUGCUCUGCGCCAGACCAUCACCACAUUUGGAUCCCUCAAGACCAUCCAAAUUCCUGAGCACCUGAUUGCUCAUGCUAAUUCAUCAAAUCUUGGGUCUUUCCUGGAGAAAAGAGCUUAUAUCCCAUUGCCAGAACAGCAGAAGUCAGCAUCCAGCACCACGGCUGUCUGUCUCAGCGAAUGGCUUCUUGGAAGCAAACCUGCCAAUGGUCGUCAGGCUCCUUACAUCCCCAGCACUAACCUCCAGGACUGGCUCACCCAAAAGCAGACCUUGGAGAAUAGUCAGACUUCUGCCAGAGCCUGCAGUUUCUUCAGUAAUGUCUGGGGCAACCUAAAGGGCUUAGAAAACUGGCUCUACAAGAGUCAGCAACAAGAGGUUCCUGAAAAACCAACUUACCAAAAGUGUAACAGUCAUUCUACCACCAGUUCUCAUGCUAUUGAAAUUGAAAAGGUUGGAGACCAGGACCUUCUUGAUCAAGAUGAGAUGGACCUUUCUGAUUGGCUGGUGACUCCUCAGGAAUCCCGUAAGCUGGAGAAGCCUGGGAAUAGCAGCUGUGAAACCAGUGAGAAGUUGAAGCUCCUGUUGCAGGUGUUCCAGGAGCCCUAUAGUGUGAAUGAUUGGCUUGUCAAGCCCGAUUCCUGUACCAAUUGUCGGGGCAACCAGCCCAAGGGUGUGGAGAUUGAAAACCUGGGCAAUCUGAAGUGCCUGAAUGACCACUUAGAAGCCAAGAAACCCUUGUCCAUUCCCAGCCUGAUUACUGAGGAUUGGCUUGUCCAGAACCAUCAGGACACAUACAAAGUAGAGGAGGUAUGCAAAGCCAACGAGCCCUGUACAAGCUUUGCAGAGUGUGUGUGUGAUGAGAACUGUGAGAAGGAAGCUCUGUGUAAAUGGCUUCUGAAGAAAGAAGGAAAAGACAAAAAUGGUAUGCCUGUGGAACCAAAUCCUGAGCCUGAGAAAUGUAUAGAUUCCCUGAGUGUGUGGCUCUGUCCUUCCAGAAAAGAGGCAACACAACAAGCUAAGAUGUCAAAGGCAGUGGCUCCUUCUAGAAUUGCCGAUUCCUUCCAAGUCAUAAGGAACAGUCCUUUGUCAGAGUGGCUCAUCACACCCACAUGCAAAGAAGGUUGUCCCAAAGAAGUGCCUAGUGCUGAAGACAGAGCUGGCAAGCAAAAGCUUACGAACCCGGUGGCCACUUCCUGGUGUCCCUUUAACACAGCUGACUGGGUCUUGCCAGGAGAGAAAAUGGGAAACCUCAGCCAUUUAUCCUCAGGAGAAGACAAGUGGCUACUUCGAAAGAAGGCCAAGGAAGUAUUACUUAACUCACCCCUACAGGAGGAACGUAACUUUCCCCAAGACCGUUAUGGCCUCCCAGCAGUUUGUGACCUCUUUGCCUGUAUGCAGCUUAAAGUUGACAAAGAAAAGUGGUUGUAUCGAACUCCUCUACAGAUGUGAAGGAAUGGAACAUGAGUCAAGCAACUUUUCUGCAAAUUAUCACACAUCCAUGGGCCGAGUGACUGUGCGGCUUGCCAAAUCAUUGUGUUUCUGGGUCUGACCAGUCAGCUUAGUUCCUUUCCUGCCUAAUUUUGAGCUAGUGAAGAGAAAUGUCAUCAAAUUAUGAGUUACUGUGUAAAAGAAAAAGGCUGUUUGUUGAUGCUGAGGUGAUUCAGUUCCUUCUUACAGAAGUAUUAACUCAGCCUACACUGGAAACACAGCAUCUUUCUUGGUGGAUAGGUCUUUUUCAUAAGCCUCUAAAGCUUCUUAGAUUGGAUUGUUACUAGAAGUACAUUAAAACACUGUAGUUUUAAAAAUGAAAUAGUUCUGUAAUCAAGGUGUGUUGAUGUAUUCGAAAGCUAGUAAGCUUCCCUAACCUUUUGAUUGUCCUCCUUUAGAUGCUUCCCUCGCUGUGGGUUUUCUUCCAUUGGUGGUGGAAAUGAUUCUUCUGUUUAAUAUAUAGUAUAUUUCACACAAAUAGUUAACCUUGCCAAUAUAGUCAUUUUUUUUCCCUUACCAAAAUGUGUAUUAACAAUCUUGGCAAUUUUGGACAUUAAUUAUAGAACGUUUCACAUUAUUUUUCUUCUGAAAGAGAUUCAGCUACUGCAAAUUUUGUCUUUUCCCCUUUUCUAAAUGUUAUUAAAGUAUCUAGUGAGCUUUUAGAACAGCUCCGUAUUGCUUCAAGACUAUAUUCAGUCCUAGCCAUUUUCAAAAUAUUCUGAACUACAAGUCAGAGAGCCUUAGUGCUGACUAAUUAAUCAAAGAGCAAAAGGCAAGACAUGUUGGAAACGUAGUACUUGAACUAUUUGCUAUCCUAAGGGUUACUGGUGCAUCCUGUGUAAAGGGAAGCUGAGCUUGACACCUGGUGCUUUUAACUAGGAAUAAAUUAAAUGUCCUCUCACUGCAAGCAUAGCAUACCUAUACCUCUGGAAGUAGAACGCAGUGACAUUUUUAGUGAACAGGCUGUUUUGAACACUUGUGCCUUGGGGUGUUUACUGAAGCUUUAUGAAAACUUGAUGUUUUCUCAGUAUCCUUAAAAGUCAUGUCCAUGCUUUAAAAGGUUUCUCUGUAGGAAAUGUGAUUUAUAAUGUUUUUAAAUUCUCUAAGGUUGAGAUACCGUAGCUGCUUUCCAGGCUUUUAAACUAUUAAGCCACUCAGCUUGCCUAUAUGUUGUUAAUACUUUUCAAGUUUGUGACAUGGUCAUCUAAAAACUCUUCUGGGGAAACUUCACAGUCCCACAGUCCUUGCCAUACAGCUUCAUUAGACUUCUUGAACCACAGCUGAAAAGAGCCUCCUAUUUUUUUGUCCCCGUCCCCCCAAUACCACUUAGAACUUCAAUAAUAAAGGUGGCAGGUAAAAACUUAAGGAGCCUUUUCCAUUAAUAGGUUGCAGGAAACUUUGUAAUUUUUGAGGUUUAAGGAUGUAUUCCUAAUUUUACAUUCAUCACCAUGCUAAUGAGUAUGUAAAACAUUCUUUUGCAUUGAUGCAUUUUGUACCCACUCCAUUAAAAGCAUUAACAGCCAUA